AUGACUAGCUUAACGGCAUCUCCGACUUGCCAAAGAAGCACGUGCAGAGGCAACGUACCGCCCGGCUCGAAAAGAAUCACCAGAUUGCAAGAGAAACAACAGCUCAGGAACCUCAAUGACCGUCUGGCCGUGUACAUUGACACAGUCCGAAAUGUAGAGUCUGAAAAGGAUAAGAUCAACUUAGAAAUGACUCAAAUAGAGGUGGCGAAAACCCGGCAGUUAUGUAAGAAAAUAGACGCGUAUGAGACUGAGCUCGCCGAUGCCAGAAAGAGUUUGGAUGAUUCUUCUAUGAAUCGAGCCUGGCUACAGAUUGAACUGGGAAAACUCAAAUCUGAGCAUAAAGAACUGUUACAGAGCUACGAUAAAAGGGAAGCUGAGGUAGUAGAAGCAAACACCCGCUUGAAGGACUUGGAAGCUGAGCUCAUCACUAAAGAAGGCCUGCUUACUAAGUCCUCAACUGAAAAGAGCAACUUGGAGGCCAACAUUGCUGAGCUGCAAAGGGAAAUAAGUGAGUUGAAUAGUCUUCUUGCUCAAACCAAGGAGGAGCUUGCUAAUGUAACGCUGUUUCGGGUGGACUUAGAAAACCGCCAUCAGAGCCUCAAAGAGGAGAUGGAGUUUCGUAAGACCCUGCACCAGGAGGAGGUGAAGGAAGCGUGCCAACGGUACGAGACACAUCUGGUGGUGGUGGAGUCUGAGCACAAAGAGGAGUAUGAGUCUAAACUCAGUCUGGCCUUAGCAGAGAUGAGAGUUCAGAAUGAGGAGCAGAUGAGAAUCUACAAAGAGAGCAUGGAGAACACUUACACCGCUAAAAUGGAUAACGCGCGUCGGCUAUCUGAGAUGAAUGGAAAUUCCGCCAGCAUUGCCAGAGAGGAGCUACGAGAGUCCACCUUAAGGGUUGUGAGCCUCACUGCCCAAUUGGAAGGACUUCAGAAAGAGGCUCGUGGUUGGCGUGAUCGCGUAACAGAACUGGAGGAGGCACUCGCUAAGGAAAAAGACGCAAGACGCAAACUACUAUUCGAAAAAGAUAGCGAAGUGGCUCAGAUUCAGAAAAAGAUGGAGCAGCAGUUGAAUGAAUACGAACAACUGCUGGAUGUUAAAUGUGCUCUCGACAUGGAAAUCAAUGCAUAUCGCAAACUUAUAGAGGGAGAAGAGGAAAGAUUGAAGCUGUGUCACAGCCAUUCCUCUCGUGGAGACAUGUCUUCAGUCUCUUCCAGCAGCCGUAGUGUUCACACAACUCAGGGAAAAAGGAAGCGUAUUUUUGUUGAGGAACAGGAAGCUAGCAGCUCGGUAUCUAUUGCUCUUUUUGCCUCCUCAGCCACAGGUCCCAUUGUAAUCGAUGAGAUUGACACUGACGGCAAGUUCAUAAGCCUCCAGAACACUGGCGAGAAGGACCAAGCCAUGGUGGGCUGGGAAGUCAUUAAAGCUAUUGGAAAUGUGACAGCAACGUUCAAAUUCACACCCAGAUAUAACCUGAAGGCUGGACAGAAAGUCACGAUUUGGAUGUCUGAUACUGGCAUGAGUUCCAAACCCCCUACUGAUCUUAUUUGGAGGGACCAGUUCUCCUGGAGAUCUGGAGAGAAAGUCCAUGUGGUUUUGAUCAACGCUAAGGGAGAGGAGGUGGCAAAAAGAAAGACUGCAGAUGAAGAGAAUGUUGAGGAAUUUAGUGCCAUUGAUGAAAAGUUUAUCAAAGAUGACCUUUCCAAAGAAAAUGAUGCCCCUCACAGUGGCCAGAAAAUCUGCUCCAUCAUGUGA